CCUGCCCGGCCCCGGCCGCACUGCGCCGCCCGCCGCCCGCCCCUCGGCGGCACCGGCACCGGCAUCGGGAGACGGUGUCGCGGCGGCUCAGAGUGCGGCGGGCGUGUGCGGCGGCGGCUGCCUCCGCUCCCGGCGUCGUGGGACCUCUGUCUGCUCGCCCGUGCAUGGACGGCGCGCGCUCCGGCUCGCCGCAGGGACAGGGUCGCGCGGCUUGGAGCUCAUUCCUGAUGGGCAGCAAAAUUGUUUGUGGAUAAAAGAGCCAGAGCCACUUCCCAACUCUGGCAGCGGUCGCACUGCCAGCCCUGGGCCACCACUUUCUUGUUGAUGAGGAAGCUGGGGUUUGGUGUGUUAGAGUGAAUACCUGCAUCUACAGAACCCAGGGCCGCCUGCAGGAACUAGUUGGAAGGACCUGGCUCAGGUGUGAAAGGAGCUCUUUUUGAAGGUUCCAGGGCUGCAGAGGGUUGGCAGAUGGAAGGCUCCAGCAGAUUCAGCCUUCUCUAGCACAAGCAAGAGAGGAAGUGCAGGUUGGUCUGGGUGGUGUGACCCAUGCUUUAAGACUCCCGGAGGCCAGCAUGCCGUGGGACACCAGGCCUGGACGCAGCGCCAACGGAGGGCCCGAGGGUCCGGGCGCAGCUCGCUUGCAAGUGCAGAAGCAGUGCCGGAAGUCAUCCUUCGCCUUCUACCUGGCAGUGCGAGAUCAGCUGCCAGUGUGGCUACUCGAGGACAUACGUGCCAGCGAAGCCUACCACUGGGAUGAGCGGGGACGCGCUGCGGCCUAUUCGCCAUCGGAGGCUCUGCUCUAUGCCCUCGUGCACGACCACCAAGCCUAUGCUCACUACCUGCUAGCUACCUUCCCGCGGUGUGCACUCGCCCCACCUAGCGCAGGCUUCCGCUGCUGCACCGCGCCCGGGCCGCACGUGGCGCUGGCAGUGCGCUACAACCGCGUGGGCAUCCUGCGGCGCAUCCUGCGAACUGUGCAGGACUUCCCAGUGGAAGAGCGCGUGCGCCUCCUGGACCGGCGUGGCUGCAGCCGCGUGGAGGGCGGUGGCACGUCGCUGCACGUGGCCUGUGAGCUCGCACGCCCUGAGUGCCUCUUUCUGCUGCUUGGCCACGGAGCUUCUCCAGGCCUUCGAGAUGGCAGUGGCUUUACACCAUUGGAGCUGCUGCUGCGCCAGCUGAACCAGGACACCAGCUCAGCCCCCACUGAUGCUGAGGCCGCUUCUGCCACUGUCAACGCUGCCACCGCCAACACCACUUCGUCUGGGGAGGUGUGUCAGCGUCGCCUGCUGCUGCUUGAUCUGCUAGCACUGUACACCCCGGGGGGCGUCGUAGGGCCAGCUCGAUGUGAACUGCUAGGAGACCAGCUUCGCUGGCAGCGGUUGUUGGGUGAGGACAAGUUCCAGUGGCUAGCGGGGCUGGCGCCACCCUCCCUCUUUGUCCGUGCCAUGCAGGUGUUGGUCACCACUAUCUCACCUGGCCGCUUCCCGGAGGCCUUGGAUGAGCUGCCUCUGCCACCGUUUCUGCAGCCCUUGGACCUCACGGGCAAGGGCUAGGACUCAGGGGACCCUGGGACACAAGUAUUUUUUGAGAGCAUUGUACUUGGCACUUUACAUAUAUGGAUCGCUGACUGUAUAGAGGGAUCUGCCUCGUCUGUCACAUGUAUUUGGGGUAGGGCUGCCAAGUUGCUAAAGUGUGUGAACUCGCUGCUCAGCCAAGGAUAAGGGUGAGGACCUAGAGUCCUGGGUGAGGUGACAGCUGAGCCAAGCGGGAUAGGAACAGGAACAGAGGGUGGGGACUCUAAAGACCAAGCAAGAGGACAGAAUGUGCUGAGGCUAAGGGGACAAGCUUAUGUGGCUCUGAGUGGUCCCCUCCUGUACUGUCAGCCUCAUAAAUGGCCCAUGGGUUGGACUUGAUCGUGUGUCCAGCAGAGCUGAGCAGGCAGCUCUAGCAGGUGUUGAAUGGGAGCCAGGCUGUGUGCCUGUUCUCAUUUCACACUGAAUCAUUGCUUCUCCACCGGGGCCUGGAAUUGGCCCUUUUGCCCUCAGUCAGGACUUGGCAGGUGCUAGCCCUGGGUUUCACCACCUGCUUCCCCACAGGCUUUGGGUCCCCUGCAUCAUGUCUCCUCAUCAGAACCAGGCGUGCCUUCCAGGUCCCCUUGCCCAGCCCCAGGGAUGGGCUUACCUACUCACAGUGGACGUUAGGUGGUGCUUAUGGGGCUGUGUUAUCACCCUGGGUAGGCUUCUCGCCCAUCCUUGGAGAGCUGCUUUCCGCUGGGCACUUCAGAAACCGGGAGGCUUGUUAAUGAAUGUACCCUUAUCCUUCAGGAUAAAGGGACCCUGGCUGCAGAGCUGGAUUGACACCCCAGGGAACUUUGAGACUGGGGGGAGGGCCCGUCCCUCUUCUGGGAUUUUGCUGGGCUGUGAAAUUCAACCUUUGUGGCAUAGGCUUGCGGGCCAUGAUGUGCUGCCAGGAGCAGAGGCUAGCAGUCUGCUGAAGUGGCCAGCCUGGUCAGGGGCACCUGCUGCUCAGUGCUCCUGAGUGCAGCAUGCCCAGGGAUGGGAAUCUCCAGGGUGCUGGGCCACAGGAGAAUAGGAAGGGCCCUAGACUUUGCCACCUGUCCUGGGCCCAUGUUAUUGUCAAGGGAUUUUUAGGCCAUUUCCCAGGCCUGAAAAAGAAAGGGUACUUGCUGGUAGGGAUCCUUCAUUUCGGCUGGAGGCCCUGCUUUCCUUCUGCCUGAGUAGCUUCUCUGAGUCUUGGCAGUUGUGGGUGAUGGGUAUUAUUGGUGUCUUCCUCUGCCUCAAGUUUGGCCCAUUUGCAAUCAGUCCCCCUGGACUUCUGGGAGGUCCCAAGUCCAGAUGCCAUUGGUGGUGGCAUUCCUUAUUUGCAGGACCUGACAAUGGCUUGCUGCAGCUUUGGGGGAGCCUCAAAAGCUGGGCUCCUGUUGGGAAUCUCAGCUCCCCUUCACAUCUCCCUAGAUCAGUGCCCUUUGGGGUCUGCUGGUGCAGAGCUAGGCGCUUCUCUGGCUGCCUCUCUCCUAACAACUUCCCCAGAGCUGCUUGGCCUGGAGGAACAUCAGUGUGCUAUGUCGGCCUUGUGGUCAUCAGGGAGACCUUGUGGGAGGAAAUGGCACCAUAGAGGAAGAACCCAGCCUGAGAAAGGUAUAGGGGAACAUCAAGCCCAAGAGGGGCAGAUUGGCUCAUGGCGACCAUCACAUAAGUGUGAUAGUUAACCAUGGAAGGGGAUUGUUUCACUGCUGAGUGGCCCCCAGGCCCCUGUGCAAAGGCAGAAGACUCUCCAAGGGCACAGGUUUGGGUGGGGCCUCACUACAAGGAGGUGAAAGAAGGCAGGCCCAGAGGGGUAGAGAAUCCUUGCCAGAUGGAUUCUCAAUCACUCCUUCAGAGGAAGGCCUGAUUUCUGCCAUAGUUGUUUAUUGUACGGGCCUGCGCUUCAGGAAGCGAGAGAGCCUAGAAAGGUGGCCCAGGCCGAUAAACAAGGCCUCACUUAUCGUUGGGAUGGCUGUUUCUGAGAGGAAGGUGGGUGGCCUCAGUGUGUGGCUUAUCUGUCCCCUCGGCUCUCCAGCCCCAGGAAGGGCUGUGGUGCCACCUGACACGUUACCAUCCUGACCAUGAGUUUGCAGGAGUGACUAGAGCUAGAGCUUGCCAAGUCCUGUGCUGGCAUGGUAUCCACUAUCAGCUAGUGGUAGGUGACCUUGGUGUCUCCAAAACAUAGAAGCAAGUGGUGUUCUCUUGGUUAAUUCUUCCCUUGCCCCCAUCAAAUGUAUGUGUCCCCGGGAGAUCUGUCCGGUACUCCAGAAGUCUGGGCCCUGAGGCCUAUUAGGGAAGACAGUGAACUGAGCCACAGAGGCUAUUACCGAGGGCCUCACCUGUCUUGGAAGGUCAGUCUGCACUGAUGGUAUAGCCUGCUGCUGCUCCCUCUUGUGUCUGCUCUCCACACGGACUCCAUCUGCCUCAGCCUCCGCUUCAUUUCUUCACUAGCCUCAGUGUGGACAGCAGCUCUGUACAUUACCUCAUAUCCCAUCCAGACAGGGUGGCUGGCUCCCUUGGAGUUGGGAACAGAUUCUCCAAGGCUGGUUUCCAGUAAGUGCUGACUACCAUACUGGUACUUGGCUGUGAUCCCAGCACACAAAGGAUCAAGAGAUCCUUGGUCAGGGACUGGAGAUCCCGUGGUCAGGGACUGGAGAGAUGUCUCAGUGCUUAAGAGCACUGGCUGCUCUUCAAGACCUAGGUUCAACUCCCAGCACCCUCGUGAUAGCUUACAACAGUUUAUAACUCCAAUUUCAGGGGAUCUGAUGCCCUCUUCUGACCAUGUUGGCCACCAGGCAUGCACACGGUACACAGACUCAGAAUACUCAUGAACAUGAAAUCUUAGUAAAAAAGUUUUAAUGCUAGAGCUCAGAAUAUAGUUCACAGGUUUGACUGCCUAGCAGCUAAGAAGCCAUGGGUUUGAUCAAAGCACCAAAUAAACAUGGGUGUGGUGGUAUAUGCCCAUGAUUCCAGCACUCGGGAGGUAGAGGCAAGGACUUCCUUGGCUGUGUAGUCAGUUUUAAGUGGCUUGGGCUAUGUGAGACUAUCUCAAACAUUUUUAUCAAGGUUAGCCUAGGGUACAUGAGUUUUAGACUACUACUGUCCCUGUCUCAAAAGAGCAAACAUUCAUACUGGUGUCCCCUGACACCCUCUUUGAUGACUGGCUCUUACUAAAAACCUAAGAUGAUAAAACAAAAGGCAGAAAUCUAUAGCUUGACGAGUUAUGAUUAAUGUCUAUAUGGGUGCGACUGUUGCCCAGUUUCGGGACAAGUGUCGAUUGCCGACAUUACUAUCUAGAUAUUUAGUUUUUUCUCUUAUGGAGCACAAGGCUGUCAAGAUGGCUCAGGGGUAAAGGUACUUGCCACCUAAGCCUGGGGUCCCGAGUUCAAUCCCUGGAACCCCUGUAAAGGGGCAGGAAAAGAAGUUCUUCUCUUACCUCCACACCUGUGCUAUGGGAUACACAUGCACGUGUGCACGAGUAGAACACGGGUUAUGUGGAGAGGCCCAGUCCUAUCAGGGAGGCUCUGGCACCCUGCUCAUCAGUGGGCUGCUGGCUCCCUGCAUGUUCAUGUCAUCUUGGUGUAUUCUUACAGAUUUUUCUUUCUCUUCUGGCAGUGCUGGGAGAUGGAGGCACACUGAGCAAGUGUUCUACACCAACCACUCCCAGCCCCAAGGUUCAGUAUUUAAGAUCACCGUGGUAGGGACUGGAGAAAUGGUUCAGUGGUUAAGAACACUGGCUGCUCUUCCAGAGGACCCAGGUUCA